AUGACUGAACGGCAGUUUGAGAUUAAAGUGGGCACUUUGCGUCGCAUGAAGAAGGAUCUGGAGUAUUAUAUGAAAGAACAUAUGACGCAACAAGUCAAAAUUGAUACAAUGCGUCUUGCUCAAAAGGAUGAAUACGAUAUUCGUAAACAAGAACAAGUAUUACUAGAGACAGAAAGGAUGCUUCCAGACUGUCAAAGUCGACUCAAAGAAGCAGUUAGUGACUUGUCGCAUUUCAUUGACAUUCAUCGCAAAGAGGUCAUGCCACUUGAGAGUUUCACAGAAGCUCAGGAAUUACUUGCAAUCCUUUCUCACUUGUCCACUACUUCUUCUUCAACGUAG